UCAAUGGCGGCUCGGAGAAGGGCGGAAGCUAGUUUUGCAACAUGGCGGCCGAAGCAGACGGCCCGCUCAAACGGGCGCUGGUACCGCUUCUCUUACCUGAGAAAUGCUACGACCAAAUUUUCGUCCACUGGGACUUGCUUCACGUCCCCUGCCUCAAGAUUCUGCUCAGCAAAGGCCUGGGUCUGGGCAUUGUGGCUGGGUCACUGCUGGUAAAACUGCCGCAGGUGUUUAAAAUCCUGAGAGCCAAGAGUGCCGAAGGGUUGAGCCUUCAGUCAGUAAUGCUAGAACUAGUGGCACUGACAGGGACCAUGGUCUACAGCAUCACCAACAAGUUCCCGUUCAGCUCUUGGGGAGAAGCCCUGUUCCUGAUGUUCCAGACCAUCACCAUCUGCUUCCUGGUCCUGCACUACAGAGGACAGACCGUGCAAGGUGUCACCUUCCUAGCAAGUUAUGCGCUGGUACUGCUGCUGCUGCUGUCCCCGCUGACGCCCCUGGCCCUCAUCACCCUGCUCCAGGCCUCCAACAUGCCUGCGGUGGUCGUGGGGAGGCUGCUCCAGGCUGCCACCAACUACCAGAACGGACACACGGGCCAGCUCUCGGCCAUCACCGUCUUUCUGCUGUUUGCAGGGUCCUUGGCCAGAAUCUUCACCUCUAUUCAGGAGACGGGAGACCCUCUCAUGGCGGGCACCUUCGUGGUCUCUUCUCUCUGCAACGGCCUCAUCGCCGGCCAGCUCCUCUUCUAUUGGAACGCAAAGGCCGGCCACGGGAAGAAAGAGCAGUAGGGCGGAGCUGGCUCCUGGAGCAUGUUCCAGGUCUCUUCCAGUUGUCCCCCACCCUCGGAGUCGUUCCCAUCCGGACCGACCUCUCCUCAU